AUGGGCGAGGCAUUGCUAGGCAGGCUGAAACGGGCCGUGAGGAAGAUCAAGUUCCUGCUCAACUUCAACGUCAACCGAUGGAAACUCGCGUCCAUCAUAGGUACUGCAUCGUUGAGUAAGAGAUCAUCAGCAAGACUCAUGAGCUUCAACGACAGGCCGGGAUUGCGGGCCUGCGUGGAGGAUUCGGGCUCGGACGGCAGCCAGGGAUCAUCCACGAGGCCGGGGCUUCAAAGGACAAUGAGCUAUCCAUCGGAAGAUGAUGUCGAUAAAAGGGCUGACGCUUUUAUUGCGAACUUUUACAGGCAACUUCAGUAUGAAAGGCAGAUAUCAUUGGAGCUUAGGUACUGUAGAGCCAACAGUCUUGAUUCUUCCACAUCUCCAUGA